UUCAUUUUCUCUCAACAUAACACACACACUCCUCUCACUCACUCUCCCACCGGUACACUUCACACCACCAUAUACACCAUAAUUUUUCUGACAAGAUCACCGAAAAAUCCUUAGGAAUCUCUAAGCAUCUUCAUCCCUUUUAUUUGAGUUUUUCACAAGCAAGGAUCAGUGCCUGAAACUUAAGAAGGGCGAUUUCUUCGAAGCUUUUUAUCCCAUUCAUCCAAGGUCUCUCUCUAUGUUUAUUUUGAUAAACUUCAAGUUGUGGUGGUAUGGGUGUGGACUAGUGGUAGUGGCUGGCUAGCAUUGAUGACGUCGGCGAUCUGUGGUGGUAGCGGUGUGGCUGGUGGCGAUGGUUAGUCGGCACAGACGUCGUCGACGAAGUGACUUCAACAGCUUUGCCGGCUUUUUCUCAAUUGAGUGAAGCGUCAAUGGAAGGUGUUUCAAAGUUAUUCAGAACUUUCUGGAAGAGAUCAAAACCAAAACCAUCUUCACCUCUUCCUGAGGGAUUAUGCCAUCAAUUUUCACUGGCUGAGAUGAAGAUUGCUACCAAUAACUUCGAUGAUAAAUUACUAGUUGGUGAGGGUGGUUUUGGCAGAGUAUAUAAGGGGUUUAUUGAUGACUGUAACAGAACCGUUGCAAUAAAACGGUUGAAACUCAAGCCGGGACAGGACUUAAGGAAGAACUUAAGGACCGAGAUGGUGUUGCUUUGCCAGCUACACCACCCUAACCUCGUCCGACUCAUCGGAUAUUGUAUUGAUGAAGGCAUGAAUAUCGUCUACGAGUUCAUAGUCAAUGGAGACCUCUCCAGAAAACUCUUCCGCGAUUACCACGAUCGCCUCUCGUGGAAACAAAGACUAAAGAUUUGCGUUGGAGUAGCGCGUGCACUGCACUACCUUCACACUGGGGUCAAGCAAACUAUUAUCCACGGCGACGUGAAGCCAGCCAACAUUCUGUUGGACAAGAAUUGGGAGGCCAAGUUGUCAGAUUUCAGGAUGUCCAACAUGCUUUCCCCGGGUUUCAAAUUCAUGGAAAUCGGAGGGGAUACGGAUACUACGAUUUGCGGUACCUUGGGAUAUAUGGAUCCCCAAUAUGUCUUUACGCAAAGGCUGACUGAUAAAAGCGACGUCCACUCUUUUGGUGUGGUACUGUUGGAAGUACUCUGUGGGAGAAAAGCAUUUGAAUUGAUGGAAGAGCCGCAUUUUCUUCCUGAGUGGGUCAAAAAAUGCAAACGAGAAGGGACCAUCAAUAAGAUAAUUGAUCCGUAUCUGAUGGGGAAGAUAGCUCCAGAGUGUUUCAAGAUUUACGUCGGCAUUGCCAUUUCUUGUGUGCGAAUUAACGGAGAGGCUCGUCCCACCAUGGGUGAAGUGGAGUUAAUCCUGGAACAUGCACUGGAGCUACAACAGAGUGCAGAUGCUGCAAUGAAGGAUGUAGAUCCUACUGGUGACGUCUGUAUCUAUCCCAUUGAUGAAUAUACCUGCAAUGUUUCUUCAGGAGAAGCUUCUCCCCUCAUCUUUGAAACCUAUAGUUCUUCAAUGCCUGAGCUUGAGGAAUUUAGUUCGGAUUCAGAUAGGUCGAGGGAAUAUAUUUUGAACUCUGCCACUCCAAAUGACCAAUGAUUAAUCAAAAACAAUUAAAUAUUCUUGAAGAAUGUUGAUCGAAAUUGCAUUAAUUCCC